AGGUGAUCAUGGGGGAGUGGUUAGUAGAAUGUUUUUGGGAUUUGGUUGUCACAAGCUUUAGGAAGUUCUUCUAGAAUAUGAAAAUGGGAGGCAGCUAUGCUUUGCUAAUGGUGGGACUUCUUGUCCUUGUGGGUGUUCUGCCUUCUCAUUCUUCAUCAAACACCAAGCAGUUUCAUUUCAAUGUUGAGUGGAAAAAAGUAACCCGUUUAUGUAAUACAAAGCCAAUUUUAACGGUGAAUGGAGAGUAUCCAGGGCCAACUAUAGCUGUGAAUGAAGGUGAUAAUGUUGAUAUCAAAGUCACCAACAGUGUUGAUAGGAACACCACUUUACAUUGGCACGGAAUAAAGCAGCUAAGAACUGGAUGGGCAGAUGGACCAGCUUAUAUAACCCAAUGCCCUAUCAGAAGAGGGCAGUCCUAUACUUACAAGUUCACCGUUACAGAACAGAGGGGUACCCUAUUGUGGCAUGCCCAUCUCUCUUGGCAAAGAGCUUCCCUCUAUGGUGCCUUCCUUAUCUACCCUCGCUUGCCUUAUCCAAUUUCAGCUCCAAUUCAAUCUGAAAUUCCAAUCAUUUUUGGAGAAUGGUGGAAUGGUGAUGUAGAAGCUGUGGAGAGUGAAAUGAUGAUUUUUGGAGGAGGGCCUGGCUCUUCAGAUGCUUACACCAUUAAUGGCAUGCCAGGACCCCUCUAUCCCUGCUCCAUCCAAGACACUUUCAUCCAGACCAUUGAUCGCGGCAAAACCUACAUGUUCAGAAUCAUCAAUGCAGCAAUGAACAAUGAGCUCUUCUUCGCCGUGGCAAACCACACAUUAACUGUCAUAGAAGUCGACGCUGUUUACACAAAACCCUUCACCACCACCGCCAUCAUGAUCGCCCCUGGACACACCACCAAUGUCCUCCUCACUGCAAAUCAAGUACCCGACCCCACGGGCACGUUUGUAAUGGCAGCACGACCUUAUGUCACAUCAGCUUUCCCCUUUGAUAAAACGACCACAAUUGGCUUCUUAAAAUACAAUGCUCUAGAAUCGGAUACAAUUAAGACCGCGGUGAAACCCUGCAGUCAUCUACCUCAAAACCUUCCUCAAAUGAACGAUUCUGACUUUGCCACAAAAUUUUCAAACAAGAUUCGAAGCCUAGCAUCUACUAAGUACCCUUGCAACGUGCCCAAAAAGAUCAAUAAGCGAGUAACAACUACCAUAAGCCUAAACCUACAGGAUUGUGGUGGUAAUAAAACCUGCAAGGGCUUAUAUGGAAAGAGAUUCUUGGCUUCGAUGAACAACCAAUCGUUUGUCCGUCAUACCAUGUCAAUAUUGGAAUGCCAUUACCGGAACCUCAAAACAAGCUCUUACGCCUACAAUUUCCCAGAAAAGCCACCACACGCUUUCAAUUAUACAGGGGUGAAUCCAUUGACACAAAACAUGAAUACCGAAUUUGGUACUAGGCUUUUGGUGGUACCUUAUGGCACGAAGCUAGAAAUCGUGUUACAAGACACGAGCUUUCUUAACGUGGAAAAUCAUCCUAUCCAUGUGCACGGUCACAAUUUCUUUGUUGUUGGGACAGGUUUUGGGAAUUUUGAUGAUGUUAGGGAUCUAGGUCGUUACAAUCUUGUCGAUCCUCCUGAGAGAAACACGGUGGCGGUUCCUAGCGGGGGAUGGGCUGCCAUUCGUAUAAAUGCAGACAAUCCAGGAGCGUGGUUCAUACAUUGUCACCUAGAGGCACAUACUUCAUGGGGUCUAGCCACUGGAUUGGUAGUUGAAAAUGGUCCAGACCCGUCUCAACGGUUGCUUCCGCCUCCUGAAGAUCUUCCCUCUUGUUGAUUCUUCAAUGACUCCGCUAUUGACAGGCACAAAGAGGCGGAACGCACUGGAAAUUUCAGUCAUGGCAGCUCAUAAACGAAGGUUUCUUCCUUAAUGUUGCUGAAAUUGGGCUGGAAUGUUUGAUCAAACUGUUGUUAUUCAUCAUGUUGAAAUUGGGCUGGAAAGUGUGUUUUAUUAAUGUUGUUGAUGUAUCUUAUAGAAUUGGUGUUGGAACUCAUAGAUUGGUGUUCAUAGUUGUUAAUUUGUAAUUUGUAUUUUGUAUUUAUAGUUUUAUACUUUUAUUUGAGUAGGAAUAUUUGAAUACAUUUGAAAUCAUAUUUUGUGUUUGUGCUAAUACGGUGAUUACCCAUACUUUUAUGAUGUGGAAAUUAGUUUCA